AGGGGUGUGGCCAGCUGUUUUUCCGCACUCCCACUCCCGCCCCCUUCACUGCAGUGGCACUGCACCGAGGGUCCACACCGGAGCAGAUCCUACUCUGUGAGAAGCUUUCCGUCGGCCAGCAGCAGCAGGGUGACUGUGGUCUGCCUCUUUGAGCCUCCUGCAGUGGUCACUGCCAGCCUGCGAUCUCCGGAGGCCAGACCUAGUAGAUCCUUCAGCUCUGCUACUCCUAGUGCCAACAUGGUGCGUUCUAGUGGCUUACUCACACGCCUAAGGGAUCCAGUGGCGCUGAAGAGCAUUGCUGUGACUCUGUCCAUCAAUGACUUUGUGGCUGGUGUGUCUGCAACCUUAAACUAUGAGAACGAAGAGAAAGACCCCCUGGAGGCCUUCUUUGUGUUCCCCAUGGAUGAAGACUCUGCUGUCUACAGCUUUGAGGCCUUGGUGGAUGGGAAGAAAAUUGUGGCGGAACUACAGGACAAGUACCAGGCUCACAGAAACUAUGAAGAGGCCCUCUCAGGGGGUUUUCAGGCCUACUUACUGGAAGAAGACAAGUGCUCCAGGGAUGUCUUCUGUUGCAAUGUGGGGAACCUGCCGCCAGGGUCAAAGGUGGCGCUCACCCUGAGAUAUGUGCAGGAGCUUCCGCUGGAAGAUGAUGGGGCCCUGCGCUACGUGCUCCCAGCAAUCCUGAAUCCUAGGUACCAUCUCUCUGAUCGAUGUGUGGACAGUUGCCUGGAUAUGAAGACUCCGAUAGUCCCUUUGGAGGACCUUCCCUACACACUCAGUAUGGUUGCCACCAUUAACUCCCAGCUUGGUAUCAGGACAAUCCAAUCCAACUGCCCCUUGAGCGACAUUGACUACAUUGGAGAUGACAAGACCUCAGCUCAGGUUUCCUUGGCUGAAGGACACAAAUUUGACCGGGAUGUGGAACUCCUGAUUUUCUACAGGAAGGUGCACAGCCCCAGUGUAACUGUGGAGAUGGGGAUGCCUGAAAGGGAGUCAGAUAGUUUAAUGGGAGCUCCUUCUGCAAUGGUGAGCUUCUACCCUGACAUCCCAGAAGAGGAAACUUCAACAAAAUGUGGAGAAUUUGUGUUCCUUAUGGACCGUUCAAGAAGCAUGAAGAAUCCCAUGAGUGGCCAGGACAGGUCUCAGCUGAGAAUAGAUGCUGCCAAGGAAACACUGAUUCUGCUACUGAAGAGUUUGCCUAUGGGUUGCUAUUUCAACAUCUAUGGAUUUGGAUCCACCCAUGAGGCAUUCUUUCCGGAGAGCGUGAAGUACACUCAGCAAUCCAUGGAGAAAGCAGUGGAGAAAGUAAAGCUUAUGCAGGCGGAUCUAGGCGGGACAGAGAUCUUAACGCCACUACGGAAAAUUUUUAGGAAACCCCCCAUCCCAGGACAUCCCUUACAGAUCUUUAUCUUCACGGAUGGAGAAGUUGUUGAAACUUUUAAUGUAAUCAGAGAAGUUAAGUUCCACAGCCAAAGGCACAGAUGCUUCUCAUUUGGCAUUGGAGAGGGGGCCUCCACUAGCUUGAUAAAGAACCUUGCCCGGGUAUCAGGGGGCACUGCGGAGUUUAUUACAGGCAAUGAUAGGAUGCAGUCCAAGGCUCUAAGAUCCCUGAGGCGUUCUUUACAGUCUGUAGUAGAGGACAUUUCUUUGAAAUGGAGUUUGCCUCCUGAGAUAUUUGCACAUAUGCUAUCUCCAGAACAAACUGUUAUCUUUAAGGGUCAAAGGCUAAUCAUCUACUCCCUACUGAUUGGACAGAUACCGCAAGAAGAGGUUACCAGUGAAGUGUGUCUCAAAUUCACACUUCAUGGCAAAAGUUACGAGGAAAAGGUGACAUUUUCUCUACAGCCCAAGGCUGAUGACAACCUUACCGUUCAUCGUCUUGCUGCAAAGUCCAUGAUCCAGUCCAAAGACUUUGGCUUCAAGGAGACAACACUAAUAUAUAAAAGAGAUGUGCUGGACAUCAGCUUAGAGUCUGGAGUCAUGAGCUCCUUCACAGCUUUUGUUGCCAUCAACAAGGAGCUCAAUGAGCCAGUCCAGGGGCCUCUGGUUCAAAGGGAGAUUCCUAGGUCAAUUCUUUUCAGUGGUUCCUCUAUGGGGCAAAGAAAUUACCCUAGUGAUUUACCCAAAACUUUACCCUGUGCCGGUUUUCCUGUACCUCAGCCUCCAAGGAGCAUACGCACGGGGCACUGUGCAGUGACGACCCGUGGGCCAAAUGGUGCACCCCAGCAGCCUCGUUACCACCAGACUACUACGAAAUGUGUGAUUCACACCGACACCCCCCCUGAGCUGCCCCACCUGCUCAAAUAUCAGAGUUACGAACAAGGGAGUAGGGAGCAUAAUAUGGCACAGCUGAUAUAUCUCCAAAAUGCAGAUGGUUCCUGGGAUAUGAAGGAGGAUUUAGCUAAGAUUCUAGGUACUAGUUUUGAAGACAUGAAGGCUGCGCACCCUACUGAGGUACUAGAACCCUCAGCCUGGGCUACAAUGCUGGCUGUGAUCUGGCUGCAUGCCAAUUGCAAGGACUUGAAGAAUGAGUGGGGACUUCUGGAAAGAAAGGCUGUAGUGUGGCUUCACAAUAAUGCAGUCCGUGGCUUCUCCAUGCUUAUGCGUACCGCCAAUAAAUUCUUGAAGACAUCCGUGAGUUCCUCGAUCUUCAAGUGUUGAGGGUGAUGCCUGGAAAAAUGAGGCUCUUUCCUGCCCCCUGCCAAGUCCUUCACCUUCUCUUCUGCUAAGAUAGAUUUUUGUCUUAGAUACCUUACAGCCUGUAUCUUACUAUGAAAGUGAAGGAUGACCACACUGCUUUGGCUAUGUUUCUAGGUCCCAGUGGAUAUAACCUUUGGUGUCUGUGUGUCCCCUGUGACAAGCACUGGUAGACAGGAACUGUUUCCUGUAUUGGAGUAGUAUUGAACAUUUGCAUGCAUUGUUGUUUCUCCCAACUUUUAAAAAUACAUUGUACUUCAGUCUAAGGACUGGCAGUGCCUGCUUUAGAUAAUUGUCUCCAUUAUCCUUUUUCCACUCACCUUUUAUUUUAUAUACCUGCCAUUAUAUACAAUACAUACUCAAAUAUAACUUGAGUUUUUCUCUUCUUAGAAGAAGUUGGAGGUAAACUGAAAGCCAACCCCAGGGGCAAUGUAACUUCAAGAUCAUAGAGAAUCAAGGUUUCCAUUUUUCCCAUGGUUACUUUUGUGAACAUUCUUGAUGUACUCUAGGUGGGCAUCGCCAGUCUAUGCUCCACACCUUUCUUUCUCCUGACUAAGUGAUUUGAGUCAGAUUUGUACAUAGAUAUCUGUUCUUAAGCAUUAAUCAUUCUGUACGAGGUUGAUAAUAAUAAAAUCUUUAGUCCACUAAGCACAUGAGUCUGGUUAUGGUCUGGUUUACUCAGAAAUAAUGCAGUUUGUACUGAGACCUCAAUAUGGUUUGUUCAGCCCAUGAAGAAAGAGGUUUCCCUCAUCACUCUGAUGCUUACUUUUCUCAUACCCUGUCUUAUUAAAUGACCUUAUUCCUCCAGGUUCGUGUUUUACCAAUAUUAAAAUGUCUAUUCCUACUGUGA